CGACAGUUUGAGUUCAGAAAACGUAAACGGGAGAUCUCUCGGCACAAAUAUGUGUUCAGGAGAGCGGAAGACCAGUCUGAAGAACACGUAUGGGCCUGUCCAGGCGGAUUCUGAAGAGGAUUACCGCACCCCAGGGGCGUUUGAACUGGAGCGUCUCUUCUGGAAAGGCAGCCCCAAGUACUCUCAUGUCAACGAGGUCUGGCCCAAGCUCUACAUUGGAGAUGAGGCUACGGCACUAGAUCGAUACAACCUGGAGAAAUCAGGCUUCACCCACGUCCUGAACGCAGCCCACGGCCGCUGGAAUGUGGACACGGGGCCGGAGUACUACAGAGACAUGGCUAUCGAGUACUACGGGGUCGAGGCGGAUGAUCUCCCCACCUUCAACCUCAGCGAGUUCUUUUACCCGGCCGCCGAAUUCAUCCAUGCGGCCCUCCAAAGGGACGGAAACAAAAUUCUGGUUCACUGCGCUAUGGGCCGCAGUCGAUCGGCGACUUUGGUCUUGGCUUACCUGAUGAUUCACAGGAAUAUGUCUGUGGUAGAUGCCAUUGAGCAAGUGGCCAAGAACCGCUGCGUUCUCCCCAAUCGUGGAUUUCUCAAACAGCUCCGAGAACUGGACAAACAAUUGGUCCUGCGAAGGAGGAACGGGCAGUCUAACAGUGACGACAACUGUGAGGAGAAGGAGAUAUGAAGGCGGCUCUCCCUGCCAACUGGGGUUGGCUGAAGCACUUGGAAAAGGAGAGAGCAAUUUGGAAUGCAACAUAUCCCUCUAAGAGAGUUUGUUAUGGAGAAGGAAAGAGGAAACUUUCCAAAGCAUUAGUUCUUCUCCAUGGUCUUCAACUUGGGGAUAGCA